ACUCCAAAGUGAAGUGUGCGUUUGCUUCUUCUUCAUUCACGACACUCGUAGACCAGAAGAAUUACAUGAGCGAGUCCUGAGAUCUACGUUUGCUUCUUCUUCUUCUUCUUCUAGAUCUGAUCGCGAAUUUGUGUUUGCUUCUUCUUCUUCUUCUAAAUCUGAUCGCGAAUCUGUGUCUGCUUCUGCUUCUAGUCCAAAAGGUCUUGCUUUUUUAGCCUAUAGUCAUGCCUCACACAAAGAGAAUUGCAUAUGGCGCAAAGAAUUUGAAUGAUCUACCGGAAGAUCUCCUUAGCCGGAUUUUGUCAUUUUUACCAAUCGAGGUGGCUGCAACAACGUCCACUAUCUCAAAACGAUGGCGCUAUUUGUUUUUAUUCGCACCAAAACUUAAAUUUACAUACCAUGAAGGUGAUAAUGGGUUGACUUUUGUAGAGUUUGUUGCUAGAAUGUUGGUUUCGCGGGGAAUGACUCCCAUAGAAAAGCUUUCUUUGCAUCUUGUUGAAGGCGUUGAUGGAGAUCGUGUCCAUGGGUUGAUACUCAAGGCUUUGGAACUCGGCUUGUCAGAUCUUGACCUACAAAUUUAUAAUCUGGAUAAUUGGUCUGGACCAUCUCCACAUGUCUUUGUGGCCAAGAAACUGUCUAGGCUAGCAAUAGGCACUGAUUGUAUCAUUAAUGUGGAACGUGGUUGUGUUGAUCUCCCAAAGCUGAAGACUCUUCAUCUUGAUGAUGUUCAGUUUACAGAUGGUAAUACUGGGUUGUCGAAGCUUCUCUCAGGUUGCCCGGUUCUUGAGGUGUUGUCUUUGGUGGACAUAAACUGGUAUGACUGGGAUGUUUGCUGUGUGUCUAGCACAAGGCUGAAGAAAAUGAGGAUUCACUGGGAAUCUUAUGAUGAUGACAAAGACCGUAAUGGAUGUCCCAAGAGUGUGAUAUUUAACACUCCAAAUCUUCAGUGCUUACACUAUUCUGAUGACAAUGCACGCCAGUAUCCAACAGCCAACUUUCAUAAGCUUGAUGGAGCCAAGAUUCAGCUUAUCCGCAGAAACGCAGAAGAAGAAGAAGAGAAUGUCGUUGGUCAUGCUACACAUUUUUGGAAGGGAAUCUGCAACGUUGACACCCUUUCCAUAACGUCAGACACUCUUAAGGUGCUUACAUUCUGCUGUGAUCCUAUACCGGUGUUCAAGAACCUGACUCAACUAUCAAUUAAGACUGGCCCGGAACUAGGAUGGGAAUCGUUGCCAGGUCUGCUCAACAAGUCUCCACAGCUAGAAACCCUCUUCCUCAAGGUGAUAAAAACCUCCUUGAAUCAUCGUGUACCUCCGCAGAAGGUGGAGAAGAGAUUUGAAUGUGAAGGAGCUGAUGAAGAUAGAAAGACAUUAAUGGAGCAGGUGAAACAUUUCUUGAAGGAAAUGAAACCUGAAGAAUAGAUACAAGACGGCAAUCUGCUCUUCUUGAAAAAGUUACUCGCCCAAGUACUCAUUGAUCAGCCUUGGUUUUCAAAGUUUGGGAUCUAUAGUUUUAAUGUCAAUCUUUUGGUUUCCGAAACCAAAACUAAGUAGAUUUUGUUAUAAGCUACAACUGAAACCCCUUUUUCUAAGUUUUCUAAAGUUUGAGGAAGUUUGAAGAACCAGUGAACUAUGAGAGAUAAUGCAAUCGUUGACAGGUGUCCAGUUUAAUGCAGUCUUCGACA